AUGCAGCGGCCGUGUCCAUCUUUCUCAGAUCAUCCGCCUGGUGCUCCCGCGGCCGCCGCGCCAAUCUCGUUCGCCCUGCCCACCCACUCGGACAACAUAGGAACGACAGCUAUGGCCCCGACGCUUCUCCCGUCUGCACACCAAGGCUACGUCCCCACCCUGCGCGGAUCUGUUAUUCAUCGCGCGCCAGCACGUCCAACCGUUGCAGAGACAGGCACCGCUUUUGAGCGCAACAUAGCGGCACAAGCAGCUAAAGUAGCUCCUACACCACCACACGCUGAACUUGAAACCCAAGGUCCAAUCCCUAAACCAGACGAGGCUCGCGCGGAGGCGCGGCGGUCGCCGCGGCUACUGCCUGUGUGGGGCCAGCAGCCGGUAGAGUCAGCUGACGACGGCCAACGCACCGCCACCUGCUCCUACUGGCAACGUGAUUCCCAACUGUCCCUCCCUCUGAAGAAGAGGAAAAAAUACACAGCUUACUUCGUUGACACAGAUGAACAUGCCAGCCCACCGCCAACCACUGCCAGCCGCCCCGCCACUAACGCGACAGCAUCUCGCACCACCCUGCCGUAA